GAUGCCGAGCGGAUGCCCCAGUGCCUCCUAGCGGACUCGGUGGGGACCAUGGCUUCGCUGAUGCCCCUCUCCCCGUAUCUAAGCCCCACGGUUCUCCUGCUGGUCAGCUGUGACCUGGGCUUUGUCCGAGCAGACCGGCCUCCAUCUCCUGUGAAUGUGACAGUCACUCACCUCAGAGCCAACUCGGCCACUGUGUCCUGGGACGUCCCAGAAGGCAACAUCGUCAUUGGCUACUCCAUUUCCCAGCAACGACAGAAUGGCCCCGGACAGCGUGUCAUCCGGGAGGUGAACACCACCACUCGAGCCUGUGCCCUCUGGGGCCUGGCCGAGGACAGCGACUACACAGUGCAGGUCAGGAGCAUCGGCCUUCGGGGAGAGAGCCCCCCGGGGCCCCGGGUGCACUUUCGAACUCUCAAGGGUUCUGACCGGCUGCCUUCAAACAGCUCGAGCCCAGGUGACAUCACAGUGGAGGGUCUGGAUGGAGAGCGACCGUUACAGACGGGGGAAGUGGUCAUCAUUGUGGUGGUGUUGCUCAUGUGGGCUGCUGUAAUCGGGCUGUUCUGCCGUCAGUAUGAUAUCAUCAAGGACAAUGACUCCAACAACAACCCCAAGGAGAAGGGCAAGGGGCCAGAGCAGAGUCCUCAGGGAAGGCCAGUGGGGACAAGACAGAAAAAGUCACCAUCCAUCAACACCAUAGACGUAUGAGUGAAGAAACAAAACAAGAAGAGAGAUGCCCUAACAACCUGGGGAUGGGGAUGGGGUCAGGGAGAGCCUAAGAUGAUGACCUGCCCAGGACUGAAGGAUCCCACAGUCUCCCCGAAGAUACUGACACUCCCAGUCUCAGGCCUGGUACCCAUCCUCUUUCCACUGUGAACAGGGCUAGAAGGUAGGUAUGUUAGGGUCUGUGCCCCUGGACCCGGGGAGUGGCUAUCAGAUGGGAUAUGUCUUUCCACCCCCCAAGUUCAGGGGAGAAUCACUUGUUCAACCCUAUCCCACUAGGUCCCACAUGGGGCCCCGAUUUCACCUGCAUCAGGACUCUCAGCAUCCCCAGCUACCCCUACAUUUUGCCUCUGGGUCUCAGAGAGGGGUUUCUGUGGGUACUCCCCCUUCCCCAGCAAAUAAAAAAAAAGACAGACACUGCACUGCACUACUCCAAUGUCUUCCAUGGAGCCUCAGGUGCUCCCCCUCUUACCUGGCAGCACCCCCAGCUGCUGGUGAUCUCAUCCCUUGGACAUUUUCCAAUAAAGGUUCUUGGGCAAACCGGAGCUGACUGUAUAGUAUACUGUAUAGUAGGCUGAAGACAUUUCCCCAAGACAUUCCUUCUCUCCUCUCGC